AUGGAAGAAGUUUUAAAGAAGAAAGAAUACAUUGAGGAGCAUGGUGGAUCACAUGAAUAUGAGAAAGCUCACAAGGUUGAACGAGAGGAGAAGCUUGACACUUCUAUAGAUAACCAUGAGGAUUGCUGCAAAGCAAGGGUGGUCUUUGUCAUGGAAGGAAGCAAAGAGGAGAUUGAUGAAGACCUAUUUUGGGAUGAGUUAGAAGCCUUCUACUCAUAUAUUAACAUCAAGCCACCAUCUCUCAAGCUAGAAGAGGGCGGGCGCAGGGGGCGGCGGCGCAGGGGCGGCGCUGUGGUGGCGGGCGGCGCACUGGCUGGGCGCAGGCGGCACGCAGGCUGGCGGCGCGCAGGCGGCGGGUGCUGCACCGGCGGCGCGGCAGAGGAUACCGCCGGCGGCGGUGGUGGCCGGGCGGGGGGCCGCCUGGAAGCGCACCAGCUAGGCUGCGCGUUUUUAGAUUAA